UGGCAAGUGAUGUGAGCUUUGUAGAUCUUUUGACAGUGUAUUGUUUCAUUUUUUUACCGUGUUCUCGUCAUAGCCGCACCCACAUAGAACGUUUUACUGUGAUUGGCCAAACUCCACAUUACGUUAUCCUAUCGGAUAACAGUGCAAAACGCCACCACUUGAACUAUACCUACUUCAUAGACCCAACAGCUUUACAAUACUUCGAACUUGAAUCAGUGACAGCAGCCCACACAAUGAGUGACAGCAAAGUGAAAGUGAAAUUCGAGAUCGAUGGAUGUCAUUAUGGUGGAACCUUCAAUUGGUUUUGCAGGUGCACUCCCAUUAUGUGUACAGAAAUUGUGUGCAGCCCAACCUUGCUUCAGCAGUGCACUCCACGUUGAGUGACACAACAUUGGCCCAAAAAAUUUGUGACAAUGCGAAUGUGAAAAUAACUAUUAAUGACGGUGUCUUAUCUGGCACCUUGGAAAGAAUUUCCGCAAAAAGUGACUCUUACUUAUCACGUCUGAAUGCACAUGUUACUGCAUUUUUGGGACUUGGAAAUAACAAUUACACAUACUUUUCAGAAAAGAUCCAAGGCUCUGGAACUUUUCACGGAGAAUUCAAAACAAUUCUGGACAAUAGAUGCAACAUCAAAAUCAUAGAAGGAAGUGACCAAAAACUGGUGUUUGUCUACCCAACAAGCCGUUAUGAAGAUGAAAUUAAAAGAGCUGAGGAGAGAUUCGGCAACAUUGCUGCAAUCAUUUUUUUAGAACAGAAAUAUUCAUCUCAGUUGAAGAAUCUAAUUCCAAUUACAUAUCCUAAACGAACAUAUCCCGUGUUCAAUAUUUAUUACAAUGGUGACACAAACAGCAUGCACGAGAUUCCUCAUAAUAAAACUGCACUGAAAAGCAUGAAGAUGCUUGGAUCUAGCACCGACUAAGCCAACGUAUUUUUUUCUGCACAAAUCAAAGUAUUUAUGUAUGUAUGUUCAACUUCUUUCGCACCGUAUGUAGCCAACAAUGCUAAUCACAGGUGGGAUCGUGUUGUUUACUAUGAAGGGCAUCGUUACUUCUACUGCUUGGUUCUCUAUCUUCUUCAGUGCUAAUGCCUUGCUGUCUAUAUUAAAGUAUUCUACUAUUGCCCCCCUGAUUCUACUCGAAAAUUUACCUGGAUUGGUUCAAAGUAAUUCAAAAUACAUUCUGCCAAAACAGAGUUCCUCAUUGGCAAAAAGUCCACUGUCAGCAAAGACUCCAGCAAUCGUCAUCAGGUGAGACAAACACAGCAGGAGAACUGCGUGAUUUAUUUUAUUUUAUUUCCACCACCGUGACUUUACCGAAAGAACCAAAGAGUAUGGAUUCCUGCAGUCACGAAAGCUUCAAAUCAAGAUAGAAUAAUUAUAGUUAUCUUGUUAAUUUGAUUAUCCGUUGUAUUUGGUAAACCUGGCUCAUGAGACUGUUAUAUAAAAACUACAGCAUCCGGUGGAGCAUGCUCACCUACAUGUGGUGAAAUAAACCAGUGUACAUCGUGUUGAUGCUAAGGAGUUCCCAUUAGGAAAACCACAUUCCCGUGAGGAACAGAACAUGCUGUCAUUGCCUUUCAAAAGCAAAUGAGGUUCCACUCUCCCGAUGUGUACAUGCAGCUUACGCUUUCGUAUCGAAACCUUGCUCACAACAUUGUCGAAGCAAGUGCAACGAGGCUUAUUGUUUGCUGAUAUUAAAGGUACAUGACUUAUAGUGAUGAUUAUGAUAAAAUACAUGUAGGAAUCAUUAGCGUUAUGGGAUGCUCUUAUCAUGAAUGACUCUAUUUAAAAUGAUAGUUGUAUUAUUAUCCAUAGUGAUUUCGUAGGUUAAUAGAUCAAUAAUUUGAUACCAUUUAUUUGAAAAUAGGCCAUUAGCUAGUUAAACAUCAACGAAAGUCUAAACUGGUGAGUUCCAUGGUAGUCGAUCAUUUUUACUUAUACAAUAUCUUUUUCAAGAAAUGUGGUUUGUGAAGUCUGCUAUUUUUCUUCACGUUCUGAAAUAAACAUUGUGCAUUAGAUGUGUUAUUAUUAAUUGCCAUAUAUAUUUUCAUUGUUAGGAUAAUACACGCGAACUCUCUCACCUCAUAUUUUUGACAAAUGUAGAAUGGUCUGUGGUUUUUUUGUUGUUGCAUAAUUUGAGUAAGUUGUCUAAUGCUGAACGAAUACGUUAUGGGGUCACACUCAUUAUACACAAAGUGCUUGGCACAAAUAAACCUCAAUAAAGGGCAUAAACGAUCAUGUAAACUCCAGUCAUCUUCAUAUUGGUUUUUGGCUAACCAUCGAACAAAGACAAUAAACGCUUUCUGAGGCGCUUUUGUGGCCAGCCAGAACACUCUUCCUGCUGAUAUUAGGAACUAUGGCCUUUAAAAUAAUCUAGGUUGAAAACUCAUCUCCUUAGAAAUGCUUUUGUAUUUAAUUUGAUGUCCCUCUCCCGCACAUUCAAUUAGCACAGUUGCCUACGUACGGUGUGAAAAAAGUUCACAAGUGCACACAUGUUGUUACCGUUAGAUAUUGUAUCUCAGAUUUAUAAUGGUAUUAAGAAACGACUACGUUAAUGUCUAAAUGCACGAAAAUAAUAAUAUUAUUAUUAACAUAUUAAAUUGAUUAUUCUUGUUAUUGGAGUGAUUUUUUUGUAAUAUAGGCACAUCAUUUCCUCGUUAUAUGCAGCUUUUUGUGCUCAUGAUACCCUGUGUAUAACGGGCGUCGCUAGAGGAACAUAUUCUCUAAUUAAGCCUGAAACAGCGAUUACGUUAUCACAACCCCACAUAUUUCGAUCGUGCGUGCUGACAAAUAUUUAGAAUUGAAUACUGGACAAAGGUACAUCUGUGUGUUACGUUUUAAGUUGGCAGUUGACUAAGAGACCUCCACAAACACAAAUUUACACAUGCAUGGCAAUGCCUAUUGAAGCUCCGAAUUCUAAUUGUCACUAAACCUAUUCGAGUGAAUAGGCUGAUAAAGUGCACGUUGUUCCAGGUCUGUAAUUGGUUUGGUUUGUUAUAACGAGGUGAUACUAAAGUUUAAUUAAGUUCUGCUUUCUUCCAAUUUCAACCUUCGCAUCAGAAUAUGUAUUGUCUGAUUAUAUAAUUUUAUUCUGAAAUUCACAAAUCUUGAAAUUAUUUGGAAUUGUAUUUACUCUGUAAUGAUCAUAUGCAAAAAUAUGUACACUUUGGAAAUAAAAUGGUGUGGUGUAAUUGCAA